AUGCUUCUCUGAAUCCAACGAAAGCUGUAUUUCCCAUUUCAAAUACCUCGAAAGUUGUAUCCUUUGAAAUCCACGAGGGAGAGAGCACGAUGAGGAGCUACUGAAAGUGCUACAAUAGAGGCAAAAGUUGUAUCCUUUUACCAUUUCUUUUUUCUGAAUAAAGAAGAUGAAAAAUUAAUGUGCUUUGAUUAAUAUAGUUUUACUCUAGACCCCUCUGCUCUUCGAGGAAGAGUAGUUUCAGGAGCCUUUCCAUGCCUUCAUCUUCUUCGUUUUCCCCCAGAUCUGGAAGGUUUUAUGAUGCCAGAUUUGAAGAGCCUCAACCCCAUUUCUUGGAAGCCUGUUUUCUCUACAAGAAACAUCUGGGUGAUAACAGAGACAUCUUCAUGUAUAGAGGUGACACACCAUUCUGUAGCGAAGAGUGUAGAGCUGAACAGAUUGAAAUAGAUGAACCUAAACAGAAGAAUUGUAACUUUUCUUCCAUGAAAGCUUUGAGAAAAAAGGAGCAGAGAAAAUCUUCUUCUUCCCCAAACAAAAGCUGGGACUACCCUUUCCGCACAGGAACAGUUGCGAGAGCUCAGUAAGGUUGUACUCGAAGAGUUACUUGGUGAUAAAAUUACACCACAACUGACUUCAGAAGUUGGAACAGACCACAAUUCCAAACUAAGAUAUUACAAUAAUCUGUCAUAGUGGGAGAGUUGUAAGACAACCUGUUCCUUACACUGGAUUCGGAGGAGCACAAGUUGCAAUAUCUGAUAACAAUGUUGACGACCCCUUGACUUUCAAUCGAGCGAUGAACGAUCUUGAUAAGGAACAAUGGCUUGAAGUUAUGGAACUUGAGAUUGAGUCGAUGUACUCCAACUUAGUCUGGGAACUUGUAGAUCUGCAUCUAGAUUAAAACUCAUUGGGUGCAAAUGGAUAUACAAGUGAAAGAGAGGAUUUUAUGGGAAAGUAGAGACUUUUAAAUCGAGGCUAGUAGCUAAAGGCUACACACAGAAAGAAGGUGUGGGUUAUAAAGAAACAUUUUCUCCUGUGGCCAUGCUAAAAUCCAUCCAAAUCCUUUUAUCCAUUGGCAAUCAUUUUAAUUAUGAGAUUUGGCAAAUGGACGUCAAAACGACUUUUAUGAAUAACCAACUUGAUGAAAGUAUAUUUAUUGUACAACCAGAGGGUUUCAUAGAACAAGGCAAAGAUCAAAAGGGUUGCAAACUGCAAAGGUCCAUUUGUGGACUUAAGCAUGCAUCCAGAUCAUGGAGCAUAAGAUUUGACCAACCUGUUAAAUUUUAUGUUUUUGAUCAAAAUAUCGAUGAGCCUUAUGUAUACAAGCAAAUCGACAAGGACAAUGUGGUCUUUCUAGUUUUUAUGUAGAUGAUAUAUUACUCAUUAGAAUGAUGUGAAUAAAUUAUCUGACGUAAUGAAAAAUUUGGGAGAGGCAAGCUACAUUCUUGAGAUACGAUUAAUUCUUGUCUGCAAGAAGAAGUUGUUGGCCUGCCUCAAGCAUCUUAUAUAGAUAAAAUACUUGCGAAGUAUGCGAUGUAGA